GCUGUUUGAAAGAGACGUGCGUUGCGAACGAAUUCGCGUGAUGACCGCUGUGGUGUGUGGGAAAAAUUGAGCAAACGAGAAUAAGUAGUGAUUAAAGAGUGUGACAGAAAGGAAGCCGGUCGGCAUCCAGCCGACAACAUGUUUCGCUCGAAGAAAGAUGUCGAUCGUCACGUGCAGAGUAUCUUCAGCAAGCUGCGAAACGAGAACGAGAAAAAUCUUCGUUGUUACAAUGUUGCCAAACUGUAUUACCAAGUAGGUGAUUAUGAAUCUACAAAAAGAUACGUAUGUAGUUACUUAGAAGUAAGAGAUGGCUCGGCUAGUGCACAUAAAUUGCUGGGCCAGGCGUAUGAGGCUCUUGGUCAAAAGGAAGCAGCUUUUAAUGAAUAUAAAAUUUCUCUUGAGAUUGAAGGGAGACAAGAUGAUCUUGUCUUAAAAGUAUGUGAAUUAUUGGCUAACAACGACAUAGCAAUGGAUGUCAAUAAAGUAAAUUAUCUGGUGGAUAGAGCCGACAAACAAUUUCCACACCAUCCAGUAGUUUUUCAAUUGAAAGAGAAGUUGACUAAAGAGAAACCAAACAGUAACAGUGAGGACCUCGAAAAACUCAUCAUAUCUGAAUUGGAUGCAAGACGAACAGAUGUCCAUCUCCAUAUAAAAUUGUUAAAUCAUUACAUGUCAGAACAAAAGUUGGAUAAAGCUUAUGAGCAUGCUAUUAGUGUGGAAGCCAAAGUUUGUUACAAAAACAGUAUCGCGUGGUAUCAGCUAUUGUGCGAGUUACUAACAAAGUGUAAACAGACUAAAUCAUACGACUGGUCCUUCUGGUUUCUCUACAUAACUACGCUGGACAGAUAUGCAAGACUGUGUCUCAAAGAGCAAGGCAGUCACAUAAAGAAAAGCGUUACAGACGCAGCUCAAGCAGUAUUUAAUUUUGACCAAAGUCUGAACGAGAUGAAGUCAAAAAGCUUUUCUAAACAACACCCAUUCACGAAGCACUUGUUCAUGCACAUGUGGGGUCAGUUACACUUCCAUCUGGCAUGCUUACUAUUGCGUAAAACAAAACGUGAGCAAGGUAGUUGGAGCGAAGCGGGAAGACUGUGCGCACCUCUAUUAUUAACCGCAUUGCACGUGGCUCCGCUAGAAAGCCGUACGUGUGUGCAUCUAGAAAAUGAGGGAUUCAAAAAUCAGUUCAAAUUGUGGAACAAGGAGGCCGCAUAUCGAUGUUGUCAAGCUGGCCACAUUCUUCAGGACUAUGCCAAGAAUGAUACGAAGAAACUUAUAGAUAGAAUUGAUAAAUUUUGCACAGGACAUUGGAGAGAGCGUAUUUAUCAGAGAAUUUUUGUAACAAAGAUGUACCUUGACCAUAUACGGAAGUCAUUUUUCUGCGGUGAUACAAUUUGUGAUCCACCUUUGCGUUUCUGUUCCGCAGGUCAACUAAAAUCUUACAGUCAAAUCGCGCAAGAUAUGUGGCCCGAUUCACUGCAUCAUCAGAUCUGGUUCGGAUUAGAGAAUCGAUCGCAGCAUAAAGACGCUCCAUAUCCAAAUCAAUAUUCGCUUAUCUUCCCGGAUUUGCAAUUUUCGGUGUUCAACACGAACCAGGCAGCACCCGACAGCCUGUGCCUGCUCGACAUCGACGCAUUUCUCAACGCGGCGACACUCUGUUCGUCCGCUGUUCUAGAAGAGCAACAACUUGGUAGCUUCAUGAAUCCCGAGAAACUACCGACACUACCGGUUGACCUGACUAUGACAUUGUCCACCAGCAAUCAGGAAAAAUGGUGGUCAGCUGCUUGCAAAAUGUACUCUAAGCGCGAGAACGUAGAUAUUGGCGAUAUCGGCGAGCUGCGAAAAGAAUUGCAGCAGGGUUUGGAAGUAAUUCGCUGCAUUGGCAAUCAUGGUAUGCAUCCCGUGCUGCUUGUGCACCUGGCGCGCAUGUUUCACUAUCGCGCAAAGCUGAAGAAGGAGAAGGACGAAGACAAUAGUCACAUCCCGAGGUGGGAGGCGCGUUCCGAGUUGUAUUGGACCACUGUUAUACCCUUGUUGGAGAGACUGCAGAACAAUCAAACAUUAUGCAUGUCUUCCUCAAAGCUGUUCAACUACCAAGGCAAGGAGAUGAACAACUUUGAGCUGACAAUCGCUCUUGAAGAAGGCAAGUUGCUGCUGGCGCAACGGCUCGUGCGCGAAAAGCAGUACGAGCAGGCGAUCGAUGCGCUUCUAGCGCUCAAGUGCCCGGAGGCGUCGUUUCAGCAAGCAAAGAUCUACAAAAUAUUUGCGGACGAAAUAGUGAAUUCCACGCCCCGCGAGAGUCUCACGUCGGAGAUGCGUUCGCAGCACAUCAUAAUGCUGUCGAAGGCGAGGAACUGCUUCUAUCUCACGCUCGAUCGGCUCCGCAGCCCCGGCAUGAAUCCCAAGCAUCCGCUGAACUCGGAGCUCGGCACUUACAUCGCCGACAUCGAGAACGAGAUGAAGAGGAUAGACCCGGAGGAUCUGGGUAGAGGCGAUUUGAGUAGGAAUGACAUCGACGACUUAUCCGACGAGAGUUAUUCGCCCACUCACAGCGCCGUAGACCAGGCAGUCCACAUCAAUUCGACGUUGCCGGUACUGACGACCGGCGGCUCGAAUAUGCUGAGCACUCCGCAGAGAAACGCGCACCGCACGCCGAAGCACGCCAGCACACCGUGCAAGACGCAGCAUCAGGAUUACCUGAAUCUGUCGAAGAAUCGCAUCGAGGUGCGCCCGAGCCCGGAGCGUCUCGACGCGCAGAUACGGCAGAUCAUGCAAUCGCGAGACAACGAGAUGCAAGAACUGACGGAGCAGAUGAAGAACUUGAUGGAUCAAACGAAAAGCAUGAUGUCGCAGAUGAAGACUCUCACCGACAAAGUGGACAAUCUGACGAAGGAAGUGACGGAGUCGCGCAAGGAAAAUCAGAAGCAGCAGCAGCAGCAGCAGCAGCAACAGCGCGUCCAGCAACAACAGAACGUCAAUCCCCCCGUGGAUCCUGACGAUUUCUACGUCCUCGACGACGACGAGUACGCCGAUCUGAGCUACCAGAAUCAACCAACCGGCCCGGCGUCUUCGAUCUCCGGCAAUAUCUUUGCGUCGCAGCACCGACAUCCUUACUCGUCGCUGCUCUAUCCCUCCGCGGCAACCGCGUUCCAGGGAUAUUACCAAGGCGGAAUACCGUUCACCGAUCCGAACGCCCAGGCGGCUUUGCCACCUCUCUAUCCGCCUGUGUAUCCGAUGCCGGUGCUGUAUCCGAACGCGAAUCAGACGAAGGUGCCGGACAAUCCGCUGCAGCAGGGUCUCUUCGCAUCGACGCUACCAUCGCAGCUGCCCGAUCUCAUGCCGGUGGCGGCCGCGGCGGCCGCGGCAGCGGCGAAUCCGUCGUUGCAGAUCCCACUGCAGCCGAAGGUCGAGACGCCGCGGGCGAAAGUCGAGACUGCUCCGACGACGACGCUUAUCAAAGACGCGCCGGUGAACAAAACGCCGCCUGUGAACGUGGUCAUCACCACAUCCGACACGCUGCCGACCACGGUGCCGUCCACUCAACCGACCCUGAGCGUCACCAUACCGCCGCAGUACCGACUGGCGGGCGGAACGGCUGUCACUUUUUCGUCAAGCACGCCGGGAACGGCGACGGCGCCGACUGUAGCCACAACAGCGAUGAUCACGAAAGCAGCCAAUGCGCCGCACUGCUACCAGAUCCCCAUGCCCUCGCAAGCCACCAUACCGACCACCGUCAAUCUGCCGCCGACGACCAUCUACGUGACACCACCCGUCAUCAACAUACCGCCGGUGUACGCCGGUAAUCUGACGUUCAGCACGCUGUCCGCGAUCACCACCACUCAAUCGACCGCCGGCAGCAACGCUCCGCCGAGCGUGCAGACACCCGAGAAACCUAUUUACGAACCGAUUGAAUCGCCGAAUGCGUCCACGGAGAUAGCGGGCGAGCAAGAGCACGACCCGAUACCGGACUUCGUGCCCGUCAUACCGCUGCCCGCGAAGGUGAAGGUUCUCACCGGCGAGGAGGACGAGGACUCCCUGUACUGCGGCCGGGCGAAGUUAUUCCGCUUCGUCGAUAAGGAAUGGAAGGAGCGCGGCGUCGGUUACGUGAAGCUGUUGCGCAACGCGGAGGGUAAGGUGCGCCUGCUGAUGCGCCGCGAUCAGGUUCUGAAGAUCUGCGCGAACCAUUUGCUGAGGCACGACAUGGAGUUGACACCCAUGUCUAAUAACAACAAGGCCUGGUGCUGGGUCGCUAACGACUUCGCCGACGAGGCGGUGAAGCUGGAGAAGCUUUGCAUUAGAUUCAAGACCGCGGAAGAUGCGACGGCGUUCAAGCAAGCCUUCGACCAGGCCAAGCUCGGCCUGAUCGCGUCUCCGGAGAAACCGUCCAAGACCAAGGACAAAGCGCCUUCCUCCGACAAUAAGAUCAAAGAUCCGAUCAAGGCUCAGAAGCCGCAACCGACGCAGCAAGCUAACAUAAGCUCGACCACGGAGGUGGCUUCGUCGGACAAGUCGAAAUCCGGCACGACAACGCUAGGGGGAUUUUCAUUCAGCUCGAAACCCAUCAUUCAGACAGUCAGCGAGACGAGUGAUUCCAAAAAGUGCGAGGAGCCGCCGAAGGUCAGUCCGUUCAGCGGAUUCUCGUUCACCAAAUCGGCAGCGAAUAACAAAAACGACGCGGCGGUUGUCAAUAAACCCGCCGACUCCAGCAAACCGCCGCUGUCGCAGUUGUUCAAGACGCCGGCUGGUUCCUGGACUUGCGACGAAUGCUACAUCAUCAACUCCGGUUCGAACAUUUACUGCGUCGCCUGCGACAGCCCUAAGGAUCCAUCGCAACCGCCCAAGCCACAGCAGACCAGUAUCUUCCAACUGAACGUGUCCGGCUCUUCUGCCGCGACGCCGAUGACCACGUUCUCCUUCGGCAUUCCUAAGGACACCGCGAAGGAGACGACCAGCACCGGCUUUACCUUCCGGAUGCCAAAAGCAGACGACAAGAGCACGAGCGACAGUACCAAGACGACUUUAUUGAAGACUGAGGAAACCACAGGCACUAACUUUGUGUUUGGUAUGCCGAUAAAAACAUCACAGAAGUCGGGCGAAUCACCGUUCACCUUCGGUUCGCCCACUAAAUCAUUCGGCUUCAACUUUACAGCCAAGUCGCCGGUUAAAUCACCAGGUGGCAGCGGCGGCGGCGGCGGCGGCGGCGAGACCAGCGAAGACGAGGUGGUGGAGAGCGAUGACAUCCAUUUCUCACCGAUCGUGCCGCUGCCGGAUAAAAUCGAGGUGAAGACGGGCGAAGAAAACGAGGAGGUGAUUUACAGUCACCGGGCGAAGCUGUUCAGAUUUGACACUGAAGUGAAGGAGUGGAAGGAGCGCGGGCUGGGCGACAUCAAGCUGUUACGUCACAAGGAAACCGGCAAGCUGCGGCUUAUUAUGCGGCGAGAUCACGUGCUGAAGCUGUGCUUGAAUCACAUGUUGACCACCGAUCUGGAAUUCACGCCGAAGGACGAGAAAACGUGGCUGUGGACUACAGCGGACUACAGCGACGGCGAGAUCGAGUACAUGCAGUUCGCUUGCCGCUUCAAAACGGCCGAGAUUGCGACGAAUUUCAAGCAGACGAUCGACGACGCCAGAAAGACUGUCAGACCAGCGAUCGCCAGCGAGAAAGUGAACAAGGCGAAAACGCCGAUGAAGACGACGAAAGAGAUCGAGAUCGUCUACGAAGCGAAGGUCACGCCGGAAGAGAAAGCGGCCGCCUUAAAAUUGCAGCUCCCAGAGAACUUUUACGCGUAUAAGCAAAAGGAAGACUGUCCCGGUUGCAUAGGCUGCAGGAAACCGAGCUUAGUGUUGUAUCCGGAUGCCUCCUCGCAGGAAACAAAAUGGAAACCUGUAUUGGAAGAGAAAAAACCGAGCAGUGAAUCCAGCCAGAGCGUAGCUCAAUCUGUGAAGAAUGGAUUCUCGUUUGCAAUGGCGCCCAGUGCAACGUUCAAGACGACGCCGGUCACCUCGAGCAUCUUCGACGGCUCCACGAUGAGCUUCGGUACCGGCGACCUGAAACUGUUUAAUGACAAGAAGACGACGACCUUCUCGUUCGGCAUGAAUCCUCAAUUCGGCGCCAACGAAGCAACGGAGAAUACGACAGGCGCCUCGCUUGAAAAUGUCAAGAUCUGCAGUCCUUCGAACGCUCAAGUCACGCAGACGACUGCUUCCAACACGACCGACACCACCGGAUCGAUAUUCAACCAAGCAACGGCGUCCGUCUUCAAAACAUCUAACUUUACCUUCGACUCCAGCAAGAACAUUUUCGGCGGCGCCUCAAAAGCCUCGGAUUCGGCCUUACCGAAGACGUCCAUCUUCGGCGAGAGCGGCGAUGGCAAUUCUCUAUCAUUCGGAAAUUCGACCGCUUCGUUUAACACCACGAAGACGACCUCCGCCGCCGCCGUCACGCCAAAUUCCGUUCCGAGGACGUCGCUGUUGACCAUGAGUUCCACCUUGGGACCUGGUUCGUUCCAGUUCGGUAUUGCGCCCACGCAGCGAACUUCGAAGGCCAACGAUACUGCUGCAGCGUCGACCAUCGCAUUCGACGCGUCUAAUCAGUCCAGCAACUCGGUGUUCGCCACUAGUUCCACGCCCUUCUCGAAGAUGACAUUCGGCAACACUACUUCGCCGUUCGGUGACUCCACGACAACGACGAAUAUCUUCGGGACAACAGCGACGACAAACAUCUUCGCGAAACCAUCGGACGAGCAGAAGAGCGAAGACAACACCAGUUUCUUGGUAGAGGAUACUAUAUCGUUCGCGGCGAUCGCUAAGAUCGCUGCAGAAAAAGCGAUAAAACCGUCGGAGGCCUUCAAAAUCGAUCCCAACUUUAAAUUCGCUGGUGCGGGAUCGUCAGUUUUUGGCUCGAAACCUGUCUUGUCAUCAUCGUCGUUAAACAGCUCGGGAACAGUGCAGAACAGAUCGCAUAAUGAGUCUGUGCAAAAGGAAGACAAUGAAGAAGAUGAGGGCGAAGUAGACAACGAGCAGGAACACGACCCUCAUUUCGAGCCCAUUAUACCUUUACCAGAUGCCAUUGAAGUUCGAACUGGCGAAGAAGAUGAAGAGAAAGUGUUUUACCACAGAGCCAAGUUGUACAGAUACGACAACGCCACGAAGGAGUGGAAGGAGCGCGGCAUCGGCGAGAUGAAAAUCCUGUACCACGCGGGUCACGGCAGUUACCGGCUUCUGCUGCGUCGGGAACAGGUUCACAAAGUCGUCUGCAACUUCCUGAUCACCCACGACGUGGAAUUCCAUCCACUCUCCACGUCGGACCAGGCCUGGAUGUGGGCCGGCGUGAACUACGCCGAUCAGGAGCCGUGCGCCGAACAGUUAGCCGUUAAAUUUAAAUCGUCCGAUCUGGCUCGGCAGUUUAAGGCACACAUCGAUGCGAUUCAACAGGAAUUGCGCGGAAAGAAAAGUGUUCAAGAUGAAAGAUAUAUCAGCGAAGUGCACGAGAGCGAGGAACACGAUCAAAGCAACGAUGUGGACGAGGAGGAAGAGGAUGAAGAGGAGGAGGACGACGAAGACGACCAAGAGAUGCUUCCCAUAAUCGAAAAACCCGCCACUGUAUUCGCGAGAUUGCUACACGACGAGCCCAACAAGUGGCAAGCCGUAGGCUCAGGAAACCUGGCGAUCUAUUACGAUUCCGAGAUCUAUGCGGAGAGAAUCGUCCUGAAGCUCGACGAUUCGGAGGAAUACGCGAGCAACACUAUCAUCAGCAUGGACACCUUGAUGCAGGUGGAAGGCAAAGAAUGUAUCUGGAGUGGAAUCGAUUACGCCUCGGAACCCCCAGUAAGAAGAGUUCUACGGGCAGUCUUCUCGUCGAUAGAAGCAGCGCAAGAAAUGCACACAUUUUACGAAGAUGCAUUGGACAGUGCGAAGCAAGCCGGAGUCGUCGAAUAUCAAGAUGAAUAAAGCUCCUAAGAGCUUUCUAAUAGUAGCUGACAAUUGGCUGUUGUUAUAUAAUUCAUUACCUUCCUAUUUUAGAUUAAGCGUAAAUGGUUGUUUCUUACCGAUCCCUUGAACAUGUAAGAAUUUGCAAGGGUGAACACCGUUAGAUUUUUACAUAGCCUUUUCUUUUUUAGAAUUAAGACAUGAGUUUGAUAAGAAAAAAUUAUAACCAUCAUUUACAUAUGAAUGAUAAGUGCAAAUUUCUUCUAAUAAUUCAUGUGCUACGAAAAAUAUUUAUAACAAUUGCACAAAAAAAUAGAAACUUAAAUACCACGA